GGCAGUUUCAAUUCGAAAUUUUCGUUCUCCCAGUAAUAUAACAAGAAAAUCGCUUAAUAUACGCUAUAAAUAUUUGGUGCUGUGCUUUGGUAAAACGUUUUUGCUCACGGAACUGCCAUAGGAAACAACGAAAAAUCAUACCUGCAAAUUAAAAUUGCAAGCAAUUUUCUCCCGCUCCCUUGCACCGUGUCCCAUUUGACUGAACUAGAGAGGAAAAGUGUGUACCGCUGCUGCUGCCACUGACUGCGAACAACAGCGAAGGGAAAAGUUGAACCUACCACCGCGAAACCAUGCCAGCUGAUGCAUUUUCAAGAAUGGAUUCGUCGGGAUCCGCCGCAGAAUCCUCGGAGGCUAAGGACAUUCCUGCCAGCAUUGAAGCAGCUCUGCUGCGAGCACGAACCGAAAGUGAAAGUUCGGAUAAAUCGGGACCGACUCGUUUCGUGCUACCCGGCACUUCAGGCAGUCCGCCGAAAAUCCUCACCCUCGAGGAGGUCCAGGAUGCCGUCAAGAACAUCGAAAACAUGACGCUGGCACACGAGAUCGCCGUCAACAGCGAGUUCAAACUGCAGCCAUACGAACCGCCGGAGAACUCGAUCGAGCGCAUCAUCAAAGACACAAUGCACCGAGCCUACUGGGACAUCCUGCGCGAGCAGCUCGGUCGGCAGCCUCCGUGCUACGACAUGGCCAUCCAGCUGCUGGUCGACAUCAAGGACGCCUUUCAGAGUAUCCUCAGCAAGAACAACGAACGAGCCUUGGCCCGGAUCAAUGAGAUUCUGGACGAAACUGUGAUACGGCAGCAAGCCGAACAAGGCGUACUGGACUUCCAGGCGUACGCCAAAUUUGUUAUUCACAUUAUGGCCCUCUCGUGCGCCCCCGUCCGAGACGAUGCAAUCGCUAAACUUAAAGAUAUCCAGGACGUUGUGGAGCUGUUCCGUGGCAUCCUGGAAAUCCUAGCAAUCAUGAAGCUGGACAUGGCAAACUGCCUACUGGAUGCUGCCCGCAACGAGGUAAUCGCCAACUCCGUCGAGUACGAGAAACAAAAGUUCAAACAGUUUCUCGAGCUGUACAAAGACGGCUUCCCGGAGACGGAGAAGUGGCUCAAACGAAACAAAGUACCCACUGCCGAAGAAGGAGCUGGUUCCUCCGCCACGUCCAGCAGCAGUGACAACCAGCAGCGUCACUCGAAGGACGCCAUUUUUAACGCCUAUCUGGAAUUGAUCGAUUGGAACACGGAAAACGAGUUUCCCGAAAUGCUGGAAAUGGAUCGAGACCGGGUGAUUGGCCUGCAGGGCCGCGCCUCGCGCCUCUGCACCUGUGCUUCAACGCUCGCCAUUACAUGUGCUGCCAUACCGUCGGUCGCGCAAUCCGUCGAGUUGCGCAGAAACCUUGCCAAGGAGCUGGUAAUCCUGCUGCAAAACUGCAACAACACCAAGGAUCUGGACGACACAAUCGAAAACGUAUGGCUGCACGUACGUUCCGUAAUCGCUAAUCGGCUUCAAGAACUGAACCAACCGAAGAUGGACGAGACACUAGAAAGUACCCUCAAAACACAGAUUCUACAGAUCGCUAAGAAGGAAUCUCCGGUGCGAAACCUACUCUGGAAGCGAUUGCUGACCUACACCCAGCUGGUGCUGCGAACCAAUAACGCAAUUCCGGUGCCACCCGGUUUUCAGGAGUUCGCCGAAGACGUCGAAGGACUGGCUAAGGCCUUCAAGCGAAUUUCCUACUACAACUACGCCGUGUACGGCGAAUAUUAUCAUGAAAUACUGAACAAAGCUUAGGCAAAGCCUUAACCGAUUCAUAAAAAGCGAGUUCUUCCGUACAAGAAUUGUGUCACUGUGCGUGGUUCUUCUAUAUUUCGUUUUUGUCUUUCCUACUAAUUAUUAUCGUGAAGUAGUGUAUUUUUACGCGAAUAAAGAGAGGUACCUUUUAGGUAUCGCAAUUACAUACAUAGUUUGAAGUUGCGCUCAACGGUUUAGCGCUAACUCUAGUGAGUUGAUUUGUGAUAGGUAAAAUAGUGUGCUGGUUAACUGACGACAAGCGAACAAGCGCGGCAUUUGGCAUAGAUGCCACUGCAACAGGAGGAAGGAACUAGUCAGCAGCCUGUUGAAAAUGGUUCUAUUAGUAUUUCGUCUGUAUUCUAAAAUAUAAACGUAUAUAUCGACAACACUUUUAGCCGGUAGUUUAUGUCCACUAAUAACAAUUCAUCAACAAAACAAUUUUCCAGCGAUGCCGGAGUAUUCACCGCACGAUAUUUAAACUUUAUUCCCGUGCUGCUACAUGAAAACCAAUAUCCGAUGCAACCAGCGCCUUCACUCGGUAAACCUAAUUCCCCUCCUUCCUGUGUACUCGUACUAUUACUACUACUACUAUUGAUAAAGACUUAUCCACCAGACUUGUAAAAUAUUUACUGAUUAUAUGUAUGAAUAAA